AUGUAUCUAUCGUUAUAUCUGACUCUCUCUCAGUCUGUCUAUCGAUCAAUCUAUCUAUCUAUCUAUCUAUCUAUCUAUCUAUCUAUCUAUCUAUCUAUCUAUCUAUCCUUUUCCUUUUUUUCCAAUCUAGCUAGCUCAAUCCUUUUUCAUGUAUCUAUCGUUAUAUCUGACUCUCUCUCAGUCUGUCUAUCGAUCAAUCUAUUUGCGUCUUUUUUUUUCUAUCUAUCUAUCUAUCUAUCUAUCUAUCUAUCUAUCUCCUUUUCAUUUUCCAAUCUAUCUAGCUCAAUCCUUUUCAUCUCAAUCUUUUUCAUCUAUCUAUCUAUCUACUCUCUCUCAUCUAUCUAUCUAUCUAUCUAUUUAUCUUUUCUAUAUCUAUCUAUCUAUCUAUCUAUCUAUCUAUCUAUCUCUUCCUUUUUUUCCAAUCUAGCUAGCUCAAUCCUUUUCAUGUAUCUAUCGUUAUAUCUGACUCUCUCUCAGUCUGUCUAUCGAUCAAUCUAUUUCUAUCUUUUAUCUAUCUAUCUAUCUAUCUAUCUAUCUAUCUAUCUAUCUAUCUCCUUUUCAUUUUCCAAUCUAGCUAGCUCAAUCCUUUUUCAUGUAUCUAUCGUUAUAUCUGACUCUCUCUCAGUCUGUCUAUCGAUCAAUCUAUUUGCGUCUUUUUUUAUCUAUCUAUCUAUCUAUCUAUCUAUCUAUCUAUCUAUCUAUCUAUCCUCUUUCAUUUUUUUCCAAUCUAUCGUUAGCUCAAUCCUCUUUUCAUUCUGUCUAUCGAUCAAUCUAUUUGCGUCUUUUUUUUAUCUAUCUAUCUAUCUAUCUAUCUAUCUAUCUAUCUAUCUAUCUAUCUAUCUCCUUUUCAUUUUCCUUUUCUCCAAUCUAGCUCAAUCCUUUUUUUUCAUGUAUCUAUCGUUAUAUCUGACUCUCUCUCAGUCUGUCUAUCGAUCAAUCUAUUUGCGUCUUUUUCAUAUCUAUCUAUCUAUCUAUCUAUCUAUCUAUCUAUCUAUCUAUCUAUCUCCCUUUUCAUUUUCCAAUCUAGCUAGCUCAAUCCUUUUUCAUGUAUCUAUCGUUAUAUCUGACUCUCUCUCACUCAAUCCUUUUCAUGUAUCUAUCGUUAUAUCUGACUCUCUCUCAGUCUGUCUAUCGAUCAAUCUAUUUGCGUCUUUUUCAUAUCUAUCUAUCUAUCUAUCUAUCUAUCUAUCUAUCUAUCUAUCUAUCUAUCUAUCUCCCUUUUCAUUUUCCAAUCUAGCUAGCUCAAUCUUUUUUUAUCUAUCGUUAUAUCUGACUCUCUCUCAUCUGUCUAUCGAUCAAUCUAUUUGCGUCUUUUUCAUAUCUAUCUAUCUAUCUAUCUAUCUAUCUAUCUAUCUAUCUAUCUAUCUCCUUUUCCUUUUUUCCAAUCUAGCUAGCUCAAUCCUUUUUCAUGUAUCUAUCGUUAUAUCUGACUCUCUCUCAGUCUGUCUAUCGAUCAAUCUAUUUGCGUCUUUUUCAUAUCUAUCUAUCUAUCUAUCUAUCUAUCUAUCUAUCUAUCUAUCUAUCUAUCUAUCUCCCUUUUCAUUUUCCAAUCUAGCUAGCUCAAUCCUUUUUCAUGUAUCUAUCGUUAUAUCUGACUCUCUCUCAGUCUGUCUAUCGAUCAAUCUAUUUGCGUCUUUUUCUUAUCUAUCUAUCUAUCUAUCUAUCUAUCUAUCUAUCUAUCUAUCUAUCUAUCUAUCUCACUAUUCAAUUUUCCAAUCUAGCUACCUCAAUCCUUAUUCAUUCUGUCUAUCGAUCAAUCUAUUUGCGUCUUUUCUUAUCUAUCUAUCUAUCUAUCUAUCUAUCUAUCUAUCUAUCUAUCUAUCUAUCUAUCUAUCUCUCUUUUCAUUUUCCAAUCUAGCUGUAUCUCAAUCCUCUUUUCAUGUAUCUAUCUAUCUUAUAUCUCCCUUUUCAUUCUCUCUCAGUCUGUCUCAUGUAUCUAUCAAUCUCUUUCAGUCUGUCUUUCAAUCUAUAUCUUUUUAUCUAUCUAUCUAUCUAUCUAUCUAUCUAUCUAUCUAUCUAUCUAUCUCCUUUUCAUUUUCCAAUCUAGCUAGCUCAAUCCUUUUUUCAUGUAUCUAUCGUUAUAUCUGA